ACGAACGGGCUGCAUGUUGAAUUGGGAAAACCACGAGAGACGGAAGUCUGGCAGACAGGUUGCUCAUGUUGUUGCUGGUGGAUUUAGUCAUGUUCGGAUGCGGCAACCUUCCGAGGCUCAAACGGCAUUCGUAGUGGGACCCACGUGUCUUGGCUGGCAGGCAGGUGAACAUUUGAAAAACCAUACGUCAUGUUGUGUACCCGAAAGAAUUGCGAUCUCUAAAGCUUCGAAUCAUCUUUCUUUGGCAUCCUUGGAUUUCAGCUUUUCCAGGCGUCGUUUCGUUCUUGUACAUAUUACAAUUUCCAGCACACGGCAUGGCUGCAUCAUCGAAAAAGCCCGGAGAAGUCAAACCCACGACGAGCCGGCGGCAUCCGCUGCAGCGUUUCGACUCACCAUCUAAAGGAUUCUCUGGCGCGUUGCACGUCGCUGGUCUGAUCAGCUUCUAUAGUUCCUUCAAGUUUCUAGUAGAUAAUCCCAAUAUCUUCAACUUGUCUUUCGGCUGGCACCUCCAGUUUCUGACCAUAAUCGGCCUUUCCCUGUCCACAGUAACAUUCAUCUUCGGUCUCAUCGCAGAUCUCACAUCGACCGCCCUCUCAAAAUCUCCUUCUCUAAAUUCAGAUCCACCCGCGGUAGCUCUUUCUGAGCACCUCUUCCGGUUCAAGAACUAUCUGGCUUUAGUAGCAGCACCGAUUGAAGUCACCAUCAGCGUACUAUACUGGACCUUGAAAGCCAUUGACGGGAAACUUCUGGUGCCUCCGGAUCUACCACUACCACCAGCUAUCUACGACCUAGGCUUCCAUCUUGUCCCCGCUGUUGUCCUAACGCUCGAUUAUGUCCUCCUCUCCCCACCAUGGCCCACAACGCCUAUGAACGAAUCUGCGCCUAUGAUCACUUUAGCCCUUUCUACUGUUGUCGCUUUCACAUAUUGGAUUUGGAUUGAAAUUUGCUUCUCCCAGAAUGGCUUCUACCCCUACCCCAUCUUUGCGAUACUUACGACAAACCAACGAAUCGGGUUGUUUGUUGUAAGCGGGGUGAUUAUGUGGGUCGUAGGUGGAUUGUUGAGAGUGUUGUAUGCGAAGAUAAAUGGGUAUGAGAGUGUGGAGCAUUUGGAGAAGGUGCGACGGAACAAAGUCAUGGGGGGUAGUGGGAAGUGGGAGUAAAAGAGGGGAAAAUUUCCAGAAUGGCUAUGAGAAGGCGAGUAGAUGAAACCAUUGAGGAUGUUGCUACGCCACAGUAACAUUGAAGCGGGACGUACAUGCGGGCUGGGCAGAAAGCAAAGGACUACGUGCGUAUAUGAGACCGAGAUAGUACAAACGCGGAUCGGAUGUCUAUACUGUGCAGUUCAUACGGAUGUAGCAGAUAGCACGUUUGCUUCUAUCACAGCUCCUGUAUUAAUUAUGUAAACGAACAACCAGCGAUACUGUACAUGACCACC